UACACGUAUUUCUUUCUUAACCACGUGGUCUUCUUCUCCUCCUAGUGUUCUACCAGUCAAAGCUUAUGCGUGGCAUUUGUGGCGUGACCGUCUGACUUAUCAAAAGUGUUCUUUGAUAUUGAGAACAAAUAACUAAUUUUAAUAGUGUAUUUAUAAACGACGAAAACAACAAAAAAAAACUAAAACUUUAUCUUCCAUUGUUAUUUUUGUAAACUUUUAUAGGACGUUCGAAGUCGUUAGAACGAAAAAGAAUAAACAGAAAAUAUGACUGCUGUGCAGCCUAUUUCAUUGAACAAUAUUCUUAAUGGCUAUAACAGGAGUGAAAAGGGACUUAAUGAGCCUCAUAUUCGAUAUGCGGUAGCUAGUCAAACAGGCCUUGAAGGCCCAGAUCAGGUGUUAAUGACGGAUGUAGAUGUAACAACCGAAGCUAAUGGUCGAGUUAGGAUACAAUUAGGUGAAGAUAUUAAUGCAACUUUACCUAUUUCCAUACCUGGUCUUUUAUCAUCAAUAGCCAAGAAAUAUCCUGAUCAUUUAGCUUUGGUAUCACAACCAGGACUGGAUGGUACAAAUACAACAUAUACUUAUAAGCAAUAUGAGACUGAAGUAAGAACCGUAGCCAAGGCAUUUUUAAAACUGGGUUUACAGAGAUAUCAUAGCGUCUGUAUUUUAGGAUUUAAUAGUCCACAAUGGUUUAUUUCCGAUAUCGCUGCUAUAUAUGCCGGAGGAUUUGCUGCCGGGAUUUACACGACGAAUUCUGCGGAAGCAUGUCAAUAUUGUGCUCAACACAGUAGAGCGAAUAUAAUAGUCGUUGAGGAUUCCAAACAAUUGGAAAAAAUAUUACAAAUUAGAAAAAAUUUGCCCCAUUUAACUGCUAUUAUUCAAUACGAAGGAAUCCCUAAAGAGAAAGAUGUGUUAAGUUGGCAUGAACUAUUAGAAAUCGGUAAACAAGAAUCCGAUGAUAAAUUAGAAUCUAUUCUAAAAACUAUUGGAGUUAACGAAUGUUGUACAUUAGUAUACACUUCUGGCACAGUUGGUAAUCCAAAAGCUGUUAUGCUAAAUCAUGACAAUCUUCUACACAAUGUACGAUCCGCUAAGAAACGUGUCGAUUUUGAAACUGCUAAGGAAAUUUUGGUUAGUUAUUUACCAUUAUCACAUGUUGCAGCACAGUUAGUUGACAUAUUUCUGACUAUGUCUUUAGCAGCCACGGUAUAUUUUGCUGAUAAAAAUGCUCUUAAAGGAAGUUUGGUAGAAACAUUAGUUGCAGUAAAGCCAACUGCCUUCUUAGGUGUUCCAAGAGUUUGGGAAAAAAUUUAUGAGAAAAUGCAAUUGGUAGCGCGUAAUAAUUCACGUGUCAAAACAUGGAUAGCAAGUUGGGCUAAAGCACAAGGUCUUCUUUAUAAUAUGAACAAAAUGAAUGGUGUAGAUUAUAAACAUUGGGGUUACGUUAUAGCUAAAUGGCUUGUCUUCGAUAAAGUUAAGACAACUUUAGGCUUAGACAAAUGUAGAUUUUUCUUCACUGCAGCAGCACCUUUAAGUAUAGAAGUUAAAAAAUAUUUUGUGAGCCUAGAUAUUUCUAUAAUGGAGGCAUUUGGUAUGUCUGAAUGCAGUGGGCCACACAGUUUAGCUUUACCCAACAAUUGUAGGUUAGGCAGUGUUGGUACUAUUUUACCUGGUUUUCGUACAAAAUUAGAAAAUCCUAACGAAAGUGGCGAAGGUGAAGUUUGUAUGUACGGUCGACAUAUUUUUAUGGGAUACUUGAAUGAUCCAGAAAAAACUAAAGAAGCUAAAGAUGAAGAAGGAUGGUUGCACAGUGGUGAUCUUGGCAAAUUAGAUGCUGACGGCAUAUUAUACAUUACUGGUAGAAUAAAGGAGCUGAUUAUUACAGCAGGUGGGGAAAAUAUACCACCUGUGCAUAUCGAAGAAUUAAUAUUAUCUGAAUUACCAGCUCUUAGCAAUGUUUUGCUAAUUGGAGAUAAAAGAAAAUAUCUAACUGUUUUAGUUACAUUAAAGGCUGAAACAAAAGUAGAUACUGGUGAACCAUUAGACGAGUUGACUUCAGAUACCCUAAGAUGGUUAAAAUCUAUAGGAAGUAAUGCAAAGACGGUCAGCGAAAUCGUGAAUUCAAAAGAUCCACUUGUAUAUAAGGAAGUAGAAGAAGCUAUUAAAAGAGCUAAUACAAAAGCAACGAGUAAUGCACAAAAAGUACAAAAAUUCCGUAUUCUACCCCACGAUUUUUCAGUACCAACGGGAGAAUUAGGUCCAACAUUGAAACUGAAAAGAAAUUUUGUCAGUAAUAUGUACGCUAAUUUGAUCGAAGAAAUGUAUCAAUGAAAAAUAUUUCAAGGUACAUUUAUAGUUAUAAAUAAUGAAUAUUUUCGAUUAUGUAUAACAAUAAUUCAGCAUAUGAGACAUUUUUAUUGGGAUUAAACAAUUUGAUUAUAUCGAUCUGCGAUAUGAUUAAACGCUAUAUCAGAUGCUUUAAUAUGUUGAAUAUCUGCAAUAUUAUGGAAUUGAUAUGUACGUGUGUAUAUUACACGUACUUAUAGAAUUAUCUUUCAUAUACAAGGAACAAAAAAGAAACUAUUCUUCAUAUCCGUCUAAAAGUUGAAAUAUUUUUUUUUGUAUAUAUAUAUAUAUAUAUGCAGAGGAAUUAUUGAAAGAUCUGAUAUUUAUUUUGUUCUGAAAAAUGUCUACUUUUUAAAAUAAUAUUCCGAUUAUUCCUGAGAUUUUGAUAAUUAUUGACAGUAAUUUUUGAACAAUUUUCUAACAAUACCAUUUAUUGGGAACAAUUGUAUUUGCAAAAAAAAAAAGAAAAGAAAAAAAAUAAUAGUCUAUCGCACAUACGCGAAGUUAUUCGUUAAAAUAAAUUAAUGUUAAGUUUUUUUUAUUGCCAAAUUAUUUCAUUAACGCUUACAUGAAGUAAAGGAAAAAAUUUAUGAUGGUCCUAUUAAAAAAGUGCCUUCUCUCUCUCUCUCUCUCUCUCUCUCCAUUAAUGAAUUCAUAUGAUAUUUGCAUACAUUUAUAGGGUUGAUUUUUUUUGUUAAUCAAACGAAAAUGUACUGAUAGCGUUAAGAAGGAAGAAUGAAGUGUUAUUCUACAUUACAGUUAUGUGCAUUAUAAAGUUGUAUUAUAAGUGAAAUAUAAAAAUCAAUGGAGUCUUACGCGAUAAUCUAAAAUAAAUAUAUAAGAAAUAUUUUGGGGAAAUGGUGUGUAUGAUGUAAAUAUUAAAAUGGUAAUUUAUAUAUAAGAGGUACAAAUGAAAAUACAUAAUUAGUCACUGAUGUCCCAUAAAUGUUUAAAUAAUAAUAAUAAUAAUUAUUGGUAUGGUUCAAUAUUUACUUAAAUAAGUUUCUUUAUAAUGAUGGAAGUUGUGAAUAAAUAAA